AUGAAAUCUCUGUUUCGCCGUGGGGCUUCCUUUCUCAAUCCAAGGACACCACAGGCAGCCGCGGAGGGGACUCUCUUUACCAAGGUCGACCCAGCCAUUGACGGGGAAGAUUGCGACCAUGACUGUGCUAGCUGCACAAUCCAAUACCCGUCCAAGUUUGACAUUGAUACCAAGGAUAAAUUGUACGGGAAUGUCAAAGGAUGGGCCACCCAUGUACUCAUUGCGACGGGAAAGACGGAUUGGGUGAGGGACGUGGCCGACGAGGAGGGAAGUGUCAUGGAAGCUAUUGAGAAGAAUGGCCUGAAACCCAGCAAUGGGCCGUUGAAGCUGUCUGCCUCAAACAUGCCCGUCCCAGACGAAUACCACCAUCACGACAUUGGAAAACGACCCACUACUGCCCUCAUUCUCCCGGCUUUCACAUUUGUCGAUCACGUCACUCCUGCCCUCGCCUCAGAUCUGAUCACUUAUUUUGUCAACACCUCUCUGACCACCAGUUCCCCUCUCAACAACUCACGCCUGGACAAAAUCUUAGCUACAACCACACUAGAGCCAGAGCCAGAGGCAGAGGCAGGGCCAGAGUCAGAGUCAGACAAUUCAACUCCAGCCGCACCUUCUUUAUCCCAGACGACCGCCACCAGCUCCUCGAUGGACUACACAGCUCUAACCACUCUUCACUCCCGCCCUUGUCGGCACUCUGCCGUAAUUCUCCUCUGCUCGCAACGGACUCGCGACAUCCGGUGCGGCCAAUCGGCUCCCUUGCUCCGGCGGGAAUUCGAAAGACACUUGCGCCCCCUUGGAUUAUAUCGGGAUCUCAACGACGAACGUCCUGGGGGGGUAGGUAUAUAUUUCAUCAGCCAUGUUGGCGGCCACAAAUACUCUGCGAAUGUGAUUGUGUACCGGAGACGGAAUCUGAACCCUGAAGGCGCCGCUACGGAAGCGGGUAAUGUGGCACUUGAAGAAGGGGCUGUGCAGGGGAUUUGGCUUGCUAGGGUGAAACCCGAGGAUUGCGAGGGCAUUGUUAAAUUUACGGUGCUGCAGGGGAAGGUUGUCAAGCCCGAGAGUCAGCUCAGGGGUGGAUUUGACCGAGAGAAGGGUCUGAUCAUUGGUGCUAUUUAUUUACGAUAUUCUCGGGCAUUUUAA